AAAGCAAAUUACAGGUUGGAAACCAGAAUAUUUCAAAGGGGAGGUGAAAAGUUUGGAGCAGAGUGACUGCUGCAUAAUGAAGUGUCCAGUGAUCGCGUCCAGGCUGGGCCGAGAGAGUGUCCACUGCCGGCCCACAUUUCUGCAGGUCUCCCUGCCCCUACCCCUGGGAAGCACCAGUGGACAUACCCCGUGGCUGCUGUCCAUCGGAGGGGAGCCGGUGGCUUCUCUGGGGGACGCCAGCCUGAUGGGAUCAUCAACAGCACGAAUCAGCAUGGACGUCACCGCCACCACCCUCACCAUCCAGAGCCCAAGGCAAGACCUUGUCCAGAGGCAGGAGGUCAGUGGCGGGCAGCAGCCCUACCCGGCGGGGAGCCUCAAGGCGUGGCACCCUCGGGGAGGCCCCGGAGAGCAGUCUGCCGGCGCUCCACGUCAAGCGCUCCGCGUGGCAGAUGAGCGGCUCCUGCAAUCACGCGUUCAGCUCGUAGUCCUGAUCGUGGUGGCAGGAACUGUCAUCCCAGCCAGAGAUGGAGGUCUUGUUCACAUCCCAAAGCAGAGACUGGAUCUGGUCAAAAGAGGUUCCUACUUGGAGGAAAGCCUGAGCCUAAAAUUCCGGGUCCCCCAGUUCCUUACCUUCACAGUGACCGAAAACAGGGACUUUGCGGCGGUCGGUGUCCUGGCGGCUGGGGUGAUCCAGGUCCAGCAAUGCCAGGAGGCCCAAGGAGCUCUGGGGACGCAGGCUUUCUAUAGGGUGGUCCUGAGCCUGGGAUUUGCCGAGGUGGCCGCCCCCAUCCUCUGGUCGGCGGAGAGCUCCUUCCAGGGUGUGGGUGAGAGUCACGGCUUCCUCUUCCCCGGCCUGACAGGUCCCACACCCAACCCGGGUAAACGAUGGUGUCAGGCACACUGGUUGGAACUGGCCGGGGAGCAGGAGGGCUGCGGGGAGCUAGGUGGAGUCAAAUCUCAGGCCAUCUGUUACCCUAAGUGGCAGUCUAGGCCUGAGCAGAGCCCCGCCUAGCUACCAGGAAGUCCCCUCCUACUGGAAGUGUCACAGGGGGACGUGGCUGCCGACCAGCCCAUGCGGGGGCCCUGGCAGGCCAGCAAGGAGGUCCAGCCGUUGACAAAGCCCUUGGUGACCAGCCUGGCUGAAGAGGUGCUGUGUUCCCGCGGCUCCCCUGGAGAUCCCCAGGAAACAUCCUCCAGAGCAGAAGCUGGGGGGCCACCCAGGGAGGCCAGAGGGCACCUGGGCCUCUCAUUCCCAGAACCAAGUCAGGACCUGGAGGGGACUCACCCUCCUUGUGGGGAUGGAUGCCACAGCACUGCCCCAGUGGUGAAUACUUCCAAGCAACCUCAGAGCCUGUGGCCUCCCACGGACAUUUCCUCACCCAGCCUGGUCAACCUAGACCCUUUCACUGCUGGCCAGGGUACCCCCCGGCAGGAGCCAGCAGAGCCCACACUGGCAACCAGCCUUGAAAGGCACAGGCCUCCUGAGCUUCAGAACAUCAUGCAGGGGCUUCUGAGAGACCCCCUUGCUGGGAAUUGA